AUGAGUAGUAUAGAUGUUUCAAACAGGCACGAUGUAGAGGUCACUAUAGCUAUAGCGUCUACUAUAAUAUAUGCUGUAUUACUUUUUCUGGGGAGUAUUAUUUUAUUUCUCUGGGGAAGUAAAAAUACCUUUUUUUUGUCCCACAAGAGUAGUAGGGGUUUUUGGUUUCUCUUUGUCUUUUCUCUUAUACCGACUGUACUAUUUCUUGGCAUUAUAGGUCCAUGGAUUUGCGUGGCCUACAAUUCUCUUUCAGGAGCUGUGGUGUUUCUUAUUGUUCCAGGGGUGUUGCUUUUUCUGUUGAUAUUGUCGUGGUGUGCGCUGCAGUCGGAAACUAACAUAACAACAAACGGGACUCUUGACCUUGAUAAUUUAUAG